AUGACGAGUACAGUUCCAAAAGGAAAAGGCAGAGACUGCUAUGAGCGCUACGGUUUGAGAACACAUCCAACCCGAGUGCUGCAACCACACCGAGAUGCUCUCGUCCUAACAGUAGGGGUGGGAGACUACGACGUGAAAAGAAUCCUGAUCGACCCAGGCAGCUCCGCAGACUUGUUGCAGGUGGCAAUCAUUAAACGAAUGGGCUUCGAACCCUCCAGCUUAGAAAAUCCCGGAAGAACCCUGUCCGGAUUUAAUGGUUCUUCCACAACCUCGCUCGGAGAUGUAAUACUGCCGGUUCAUGCUGGGCCAGUUGUCCUAAACGUUCUGUUUUCUGUGGUUGAGGAUUUAUCCCCUUUCAAUGCCAUCUUGGGACGUACAUGGUUACAUGGAAUGAAAGUCAUUCUAUCCACAUAUCAUCAAAGGGUCAGCUUCAUUACCCGAGAUGGGCAAAUUAAUCUUUACGGAAACCAGCUUGCUGCUCGACAAUGUUAUCAGAUCUCUCGCGAAGCCGGACCCAGUACCGACUGCGAACAUUCCUUCAAAGGAGCAACUGCUUCUGACCAAUAG